AUGGAAGAUGAACGCAGAGACAAAGACAAACACGCAACAAAAUCUGACAACUCAGGGACCCAAUUAAAAGUUCUUAUUGUAGAUGAUGAUAAGGUUGUUCGACUGACUCACAAAAUGCUGUUGGACAGAGUUGGGGUAAAAGAUCACGUUGCUGUGGAAAAUGGCAAAGAAGCAGUUGAACUUCACAACAAUGGUCAAAGUUUUGACCUGAUUCUCAUGGACAAGGACAUGCCAGUCAUGAAUGGAACUGAGGCAACAAGGACACUUCGUUCAAUGGGCGUUAGUUGCAAGAUCUUUGGUGUGUCGUCAUCAACCUCUAAUCAGAUAUAUGUAAAAGAAUUUGUUGAAGCAGGGCUGAAUGGCUUCUACACAAAACCCUUGACUGUUAAAAUUCUUGGUGAAAUUCUUGAGAAGAUUAAGUCAUGA